AUGAAUGGAGCAGUUGAGGCUGCAAAUAAGAAUAUAAAGAUGAUUUUAAGGAAAAUAGUAGAUAGUCACAAGCAAAGGCAUGAGAAGCUACCAUAUGCUUUACUCGGUUAUCGCACCACAAUCAGAACACCAACUGGGGCAACUCCUUAUAUGUUGGUUUAUGGUUCGGAUGCAAGGAUGGACACGGUUCGUCAUGGCCAACUCUAUCAGAAAAGAAUGACCAAAGCAUUCAACAAGAAAAUCAAACCUCGACAGUUCAUACCAGGGCAGUUAGUAUUGAAGAAGAUCUUUCCUCACAAAGGAGAAGACAAAGGGAAAUUUGCACCAAAUUGGCAAGGACCCUACAUGGUUCAUAGAAUACUCUCUGCAGGAGCGGUAAUGUUAGCAGAAAUGGAUGGUAGAGUAAGCACAAAGCCAAUCAAUUCAGACGCCAUCAAGAAAUACUACAUCUGA